GUCAACAAUGACAGGUAUUCUUCCUGCUUGUUCUAAUUUGGCAGCUCUGCAACAUGGUUGUUGCAGCCAUUCUUACGCCGUAGUUCAUGGCUAUACAAGUAAUAGUCUGCAAUUCCCUCAUUGGCAUGGUGCAAAGUGUGGGAAGAUCCAUACUGCACGGCAAGUGUUCGAUAAAAUGCACGAGAGGGUUGUAAUCUCUUGGAAUGCAAUGAUAGAUGCUUAUGGGGUUCACGGGCUCGGAAAGGAUGCAGUUUCACUUUUCCAAAAUUUGCAGCAGGUUGAAGAAGGCAUGAAACCUGAUGACGUGACAUUCAUUUGUCUAUUAUCUGUUUGCAGCCAUUCAGGACUCGUUGCGGAUUGGGAAAAUGGUUUGGUUCCAUGAGCCGAGAUUUUGAGAUCUCCCAAGGAUGGAUCACUAUGUAUGCAUGACCAAUUUGCUAAGCCGGGCUGGGCAUUUUGAAGAGGUUUACAAGUUCAUUCAAGAUAUGCCAUUCAAACCCGAUGUUCGUGUGUGAGGAGCCGCAUUGGCUGCCUGCAGGAUACACAAGAAUAUUGAACUUGGAGAAGCAGUGUCAAAGGAAAUAGCUGUUAGGGCCAGAAUCUACAGGGAACUUUGUUCUUCUAUCCAAUAUGCACAGCACCAUUGGCAGAUGGGAUGAUGAAGCACAAGUGAGACUCGCGCAGAAUGAAAUGUGAUUUGCUAAAAGUGUCCUGGUUGCAGUUGAAUCGAGGUUGGUGGGAUUGUUCAUGCAUUUGUUGGUCGUGGGGAUAGGUCUCAUCCACAAUCAGAAGAGAUAAACAAGAAACUGGAUGAAAUGCAAGUGGAGAUGAAGAGGCUGGGAUACCGUGCUGAAUCGAGCAAUGUUUUCCAUGAUGUUGAAGAGGAAGAAAUGGAUAAUAAGAUCCUUCUCUAUCACAGUGAGAAACUAGCUAUUGCAUUUGGAAUUCUCAGUCUGAGCCCAUCAAAACCCAUCUUGGUGACGAAGAAUUUGAGAGUUUGCGGUGAUUAUCACAAUGCUAUCAAAUUAAUCUCCCUCAUUACAAGGGAGAGAUAAAGUCAGGGAUGUUAGUCGAUUCCAUCAUUUCAAAGAUGGAAAUUGCAACUGCGGAGAUUUCUGGUAAAUGACAGCAGUUAUUGCAAUUUGUUACUACCCAUACAGUGUUUCCUUCUUCCAAGCACGACCAAUUAAAGCUUAUCAAUGCACAUUACUCUAUAAAUUCAAAACCAAAAGUGAAGGAAAACCACUACAGAACAGUUGACGCACCAAAUCCUUGAGGCUCAAUAGCACUGGGCAGUGGUUACCACUUCAGUUUUACUUUUGGUUGUAAGUUAAGCACCUGCGGACAUUUUCAGGGAGGAUCACUGCUCAUCUCCGUCGUCGCCCUCGAUCAACUGCUGGAUCAAAAGGAUUGGAAGAAGGAGAUAGAGAAGCCAACUCUGCCUCAGAAACUCUUUAGUACGCUUCUAUAUUUCUUUUAUUUGAGUGGGACUGUGGGGACACGACUCUUUUGUCGAUAUGCAGAGAUAUGGUAAGAUGUCAACACAGGAGAAAAGUACCCAUUUCUCCUAAAAUCGAUAUCAGCCAGCCACCCAGCUGGGCCUGCCCUGCUCUUCCCAUUUACAUAUUCUUGUUGGUGGCAGAGUGGAAGUGGGGAGUAUAUUGUACCCUCUAUCAUUAGCAUAUAGUUGGUACGGCAAUGGCAAGAAACCAGAGGAGGAUGCGGCAUUUGCAUACUUUGCUAUUGCUGUUGGUGUUCUGGUUGGUGGUCAAUCAUGGAGUUGCUGUUGUUCAUUCUGCUGCUAGAGGGGAACAGAACUACAAGAAGCUGCAGUCAGCUGUGGGAGAUCCUGGGAUGACAAGAGAUGGUCUUAGAGUGGCGUUCGAAGCUUGGAACUUCUGCAAUGAAGUUGGCCGACAAGAAGACGAAGAUCGUGUAAUGGGCAGCCCUAGAGCUGCUGAUUGCUUCGAUUUCACCCCUGCACUAGAAGAACCACCCACUUCCAACAACCGCUACAAAUCAACAAACAGGGGAGUGGUGGAGCACAAGGUAACAGAAGCCGAUAACAAGCUUGGAACAGGAGACCCAUUUCCAGGAUUACCCCCAGAAGCUCUCAAGAAUCCAGAUCUUUACGCUGUCCAGAAGGAGCUCUACCUCGGCUCGUUAUGCCAGGUUGUCUCCGAUAACCACAAGCCAUGGCACUUCUGGAUGAUUAUGCUGAAAAAUGGCAACUACGACACCAAUUCCGGGUUAUGCCCAGAGAAUGGGAAGAAGGGAGCUCCUUUCAAGCCAGGGAGAUUCCCUUGCUUUGGAACUGGUUGCAUGAACCAACCCACUCUCGGUCAUCAACCCACUCAGGUUGAUUUUGAUGGUUGGCUCAGGGGAAGCUUCAAUGGCUCCUACGAUUAUUACAAUGGGACUGGUGAUGGAUCAAUUUCCAGGUAUGAGGUUGCUUGGGAGAAGAGAGUUGGGGUCGGGAGUUGGGUUUUUCACCAUAAGCUCAAGACUUCAAAGAAGUAUCCAUGGCUGAUGCUGUACCUUCGAGCUGAUGCUACUUCGGGGUUCUCUGGUGGGUAUCACUAUGAGACCAGAGGCAUGCUCCAUACUCUGCCAGAGUCCCCAAACUUCAAGGUGAAGCUGACACUGGACAUCAAACAAGGUGGAGGUCCCAAGAGCCAGUUCUACCUGAUCGACAUUGGCAGCUGCUGGAAGAACGACGGAUCUCCUUGCGAUGGAGACCUGCUCACUGACGUGACACGAUACUCGGAGAUGAUCAUCAACCCAGAAAUAGAGCCAUGGUGCAAUCCAAGCAACCCAUACCUUUGCCCUCCUUUCCACAUUACCCCAAACGGCACCAAGCUGUACCGAAACGACACCGCCAACUUCCCCUAUGGUGCCUAUCACUUGUACUGCGGUCCAGGAAAUGCCAAGUUCCUUGAGGAACCCUUCAGCAUGUGUGAUCCUUACAGCAACCCUCACUCUCAAGAGCUGGUUCAAUUGCUACCUCAUCCUGUUUGGGGAAGCUAUGGCUACCCUACCAAGCCAGGGGAGGGAUGGAUCGGAGAUUCAAGAAGCUGGGAGCUUGAUGUUGGGGGUGUGGCUAGUCGCCUCUACUUUUACCAGGACCCAGGCACUCCACCAGCAAGAAGAAUCUGGACGUCCAUUGAUGUUGGGACAGAGAUCUAUGUGAGUGAUCACGACGAGGUUGCAGAGUGGACUCUAAGCGACUUUGACGUCAUCCUCACUGGGCAAGCUGGAGAUGGAGCAAUGGGUGGUGAAGCAGGGAUGAUGACUCAUACCUUGUGAGAAAGGGGAUUUGCCACCAAAAAUUAUACACGUGGUCUCUGGACAAGUCAUUAUAAUGACCUUAAGAGUAACGGUCACUAGUUACAAAGUCUUCUCAUAAUUGAUGGCAAUUGGUGUGCUGUAGAAGUUUAGGGCCAAUAAAAUUGUGGGACGGGUGGCAAGAGUUGAUCAGAAGCAAGCAUCAGAUAAAAGCACCGAGACACUUUUUUUCAGGUCUCGUUUUCAACUGAAAACAAGUAAUCGACUUAUAUCUCAUCCGUUUUCUUGCUCAAGCUUGUUAACAAUUAUCAUAGGAACGAUUGGCGUCCAUCGUGAGAUAGUUUGAGCAGGGAGAGACCUUUCAAUUUUGUUGUCGCCCUCGGAGCCAGACCCGACUAAGGCACCCCAUGGUCACUUGCUUGUUAUCGAUAUAGAUUCCCUCAGUGCUUCUUACGACUGAAAUACUAUCAUGACUGGAUGUAGUGGCAACAAAAGAUGAAUAUGGU